UUCAGUCAGUCAAUUCAAGAUGCGCGCCUCCUUCGCCCUCGCUGCUCUCGCUGGCACCCUCGCGUCCGCAAAGGACAUCGUCAUCACCGUCGGCGGCAACACGACCACCAACGCCUCGCUCGUCUUCCAGCCCCAGGAAGUCCACGCCACCCUCGGUGACACGGUCAUCUUCAACUUUACCCAGGGCAACCACACUGCGACCCAGUCGACGUUCGCCUCGCCCUGCAUCCCCGCGCAUGAGACGAACAUCACCAUCAACGGCUUCGACUCGUCUUUCCGUGAUGCCGGCAACGGGACCGCCAUCACCAUCCUGUCCGUCCCUAUCCUCCCGGAGAACGUCAACACCACUAUGUGGUUCUACGACGCCGCCCUCUGCGGCAAGGGCGGUGUAGGUGUCAUCAACGCCAACGACUCGUCGCUCGAAACCCUCGCCGGAUUCGAGCGCAACGCCGUCCGUCUGAACGGUACCGGCGCCUCCAGCACCGUCUCCUCGCACUCGGCUACCGCGACCUCUCCGUCGUCUUCCGCUUCGGCCUCCGCGACCCAGACAUCCUCUUCCGGUGCCGAGCGCGCGCUCACCCUCGGCGGCCUGGCCGUCGUCCCACUGCUCCUCGGCGCUCUCGCCACCCUCUAAAGGGGGUAUGGACGAUUAGACGUUAUCAGUGGAUGACGAUUUUUGGUGCUUGGCGUUCCGUACUUUGGCCCUUGCGCGGGAUAUCGAACCCGAGUAUAUAUACCAUAUACCUGGUGGCGCCGUCCCCGCCGCCACCUAUCACGAGUAUGAGCAUCGCGCUCCGAGCCUCCCCGUUGUUCUCUGUGUAUGUGUGCUUGUGUUCCUGCCGUAUUCUGUGUUUAGUACUCUCGUGUGUUGCUGUUGAUAGUUGCUGCUGUUGUUCUUGCCCUAUAAUUCACGACGUUGUGUUUGCU